AUGGCCUUCUCUCCUUCUGGGUGCAAAUAUAGUAGUAAUAAUAGUUUCGUGUAUCUACCUGUUCCCAGUCCGAUCUUUCUCAUUAAUUCGAAGUCUAACGCAAAACUGCCGUUCUUCAACGGCAACACAGAGUCUCCCUCCCGUAUCUCGCGUUUUCCUUGUCUUCUUCGUCCGCCCUUGUCGUCCUCCAUUGACCGUCUAAACUACCUUCACCGUCACCACCCCCACCCUUUGGGUUGCAGCGGCAGAAUAAUAAUCAAAUUACGAGUUGGUGGUCGUAGUUGGGGGUUGACGCCGAUGGAUACUCCUCCGGAGAGAUCUUCUUUUACUCCCAGUCCUCGGAAAUAUGUGACAACAUCGGAUCACUUGCGCCAUGUGGAGUCGAUGGCCACUCUGCCGUCGGGGGCCGGCAAGAUACCCAGGUUGAACGCAGUCAUACUAGGAGAGGCACUUGUUUCCGAGGAGGAUGAUCUCGUCUUCCCUAGCGACGAUUUCUCUCGCCAGGCUCUCGUUCCCUCUCUCCAGAAGUAUUUAGAGAUGUAUAUAAGGUCAAUUGAGGACCCUGCUGGAUUUUGGUCUGACAUUGCGUCUGAGUUCUAUUGGGAAGAGAAAUGGGGCAAACAGGUCUACUCAGAGAAUCUUGACAUCAGAAAAGGAAGCAUCAAGAUCGAGUGGUUCAAGGGCGGUACCACCAACAUUUGUUACAACUGCUUGGAUAGACACAUUGAAUCUGGAAAUGGUGACAAAAUUGCUAUUUAUUGGGAAGGAAAUGAGCCUGGUCUUGACGGGACAUUGACAUACAACCAACUGCUUGAGAGAGUUUGCCAGCUUGCAAAUUACUUGAAAGAUGUUGGUAUUAGGAAGGGUGAUGCUGCUGUUAUUUACUUACCCAUGCUUAUGGAACUGCCAAUUGCAAUGCUUGCUUGUGCGCGCAUUGGUGCUGUUCACUCGGUCGUUUUUGCCGGAUUCUCUGCGGAGUCUCUUGCUCAAAGAAUAAUGGAUUGCAAACCAAAGGUCGUGAUAACUUGCAAUGCUGUUAGGAGAGGGUCUAAGAUCAUCAAUCUCAAAGGCAUAGUUGAUGCUGCCCUCAAAGAAGCAUCUCAAAAUGGCAUCUCUGUAGAUGUAUGCUUGACAUAUGAAAAUGAAUCGGCAAUGACAAAGGGAGCCACUAAAUGGCAAGAGGAAAGAGAUAUCUGGUGGCAGGACGUUGUUCCCAAGUAUCCAACUACUUGUGUUGUGGAGUGGGUUGAUGCGGAGGAUCCACUUUUCCUGCUCUAUACUAGUGGGAGCACUGGGAAGCCGAAGGGUGUUCUGCAUACAACUGGAGGAUACAUGGUAUACAGUGCAACAACAUUCAAAUAUGCAUUUGACUACAAAGCAUCAGACAUAUACUGGUGUACAGCUGACUGUGGUUGGAUAACUGGACACAGCUAUGUCACUUAUGGACCUCUGCUUAAUGGAGCAACAGUUAUAGUUUAUGAAGGGGUAAUGAAUGCAGAACUUGGAGAUUUUCUUAAUCACUUUGCGGAUUGCAUUCAAGACAGGAAAGCAGAUAAUGCACACACAGCACCAAAUUAUCCAGAUCCUGGGAGAUGUUGGGACAUUGUUGACAAAUAUAAGGUUUCGAUAUUCUAUACUGCCCCAACACUGGAUGGGGAAGGGUAUCAAGAGAAAGGAUUUCUCAAGGAUCUAAAACCCCAAUUCCUUUUAGGGUCCAAAAACCUCCGAUCUCUACAGCAGGUCCUUCCACAUACAGGCAUCAAGCAAGAGCCUCGUCGACUUUAUCUGGAAGAAAAGAUAAAUUCUUGUGACUCUAUUGGAGCAUGUGGCAUUUUCAGCAUUGAAGUGGAGGAGGAGCCUUCUUAUAUUGAUUUUUUACUGGUUUUCUGUAAAGGCUUUUUGAUCUCUAUGGAGGAUUUUGUUGUCGUUGGGAGUUUGGAAAGAUAUAUGUGUGAUUUUGGGUAUGUCACCCGUUACUCGCGCAAAUCCUUACGAGUCCUUGGAAGUGUGGGCGAGCCAAUUAAUCCAAGUGCAUGGAGGUGGUUUUUCAAUGUAGUUGGAGAUGCAAGGUGCCCCAUAUCUGACACUUGGUGGCAAACAGAGACUGGUGGCUUCAUGAUCACUCCUUUACCAGGUGCCUGGCCACAGAAACCUGGUUCUGCUACUUUUCCUUUCUUUGGGGUUCAGCCUGUCAUUGUGGAUGAAAAGGGUGUUGAGAUCGAAGGUGAGUGCAAUGGUUAUUUGUGCGUGAAAAACUCAUGGCCUGGCGCAUUCAGAACUCUUUUUGGGGAUCAUGACAGAUACGAAACUACUUACUUCAGUGCGUUCCCUGGCUAUUAUUUUACUGGUGAUGGCUGCAGCAGGGACAAAAAUGGAUACCACUGGCUCACUGGAAGAGUUGACGAUGUUAUUAAUGUCAGCGGACAUCGUAUUGGCACAGCCGAAGUGGAAUCUGCUCUAGUUUCACAUCCCCAAUGUGCUGAAGCCGCUGUUGUUGGUGUUGAGCAUGAGGUCAAAGGACAGGGCAUAUAUGCAUUUGUUACCCUGGUGGAAGGUGUUCCGUAUAGUGAAGAGCUUCGGAAAAGUCUUAUCCUUGCUGUAAGAAACCAGGUACGUAGCGAUUCAGUGGCCAAGGAAUGCACCUAACUGAUGCUUCCUUUUUAAUGAAGUUAAUUUAUAGGUGCAUUUUUAAUAUAGGAUUUGUGUCUGUCUUGUUUGCAAGCAUUAUAUGGGCCAUUCACCAUUGUAUGAAAUAAUGGUUAUAUCUGAGACUGUCAAGCCUUAGAUCAUGGGUUUGGGUCUGGAAGCAACCACUUCAUGCAAGUGAUGCCACAUUUAGGUUUGUAUCUACUCUAUCCCUUCCGUAUCCAAUGUUUGGUGAUGGCUUUUCCUUUGGUUACCUCCUAACGAAAUGUCGUUGUUGAACAUAAACACCGUCAUUUGUUGGAUGUUUGCUUGCACCUUGAUAUUUAACAUGCAUGUACCGAAAUCAUAUUGGGCUGACGCAGUUCUUAUUUCUGUAAAUCUUAUUAAUUGCAUGCAUUCCCCCAUUUUAGACAACAAAUCCCCUUUCUCAUUGAUAAAUCGUCAUUUGGUCUCAUUUCUCAUAUUUUUGGUUGUGUCGCAUUUGUUCAUAUUCUUGGUCCGGGUUAAGAUAAGCUUUCGCCUUGCUCUAUGUAAGUGUAUUUUUUUUUUAUAUUCUCGUACUCAAAAUGGUUAUCCUUGCUAUGACCCUGUUUCGUGUCGAUACUAUGGCAAUGUUGAUAUUACUUUUUUUGAGUCCAUCUUUUUUUUCUUUGUCAAGAUAUACACUUUUCGAAGAUUUAGUUUUUCCCAAUCAGGGAAAACUUUUGUUGCAUGUUUUACCAGAUUUUGCAUCUUUGUCCUCCGCUAUUACUACUUCUCCAUUGGAAGUUUAUCGUCGUUCCAAGGACAAAUAAGUUGUUCCAUAUGCUCAGAUUCACUACAAUCUCUUGAUUCUAUUGAGGUCUUGCCCUUUGAGCCGUCAAGUUGUUCAUCUUCUUCUGGUUUGUCUAUUGUAUUAAGGAAAUGUACU